AACUGAUCAUAACAAUCAGAGCUAAGUAAUGUAUAAGUUAAUUAAAUACGCCCAGACAGGGUUCAUGAUUUAAGUUUUGACAGUACAACAUACGAUGUAGACCUGUGCUCGGACUAACCCUAGAUAUUUGAGUUCAUUAGGACAUUGAAUUUUCGGAAGAGAUGCGACAACACAGGAGAAAUAAAGUUUUCCUCGCCGUUGUUCUCCUCGUCCUUUUCUACAUGCUGUACACACACGACCGACAUGACCUAGACAGUGACACACUGGACAGCAGAUCCCGUUUACGUGAGGUUGCCGCACCUGCGGAUGCAAACCUCCCUCUGAUUUUCAUUGGAGGGAUGCCGGGAAGUGGCACCACCUUACUUAGAGUGAUGAUGGACGUGCAUCCGGAUAUCCGGUGUGGGGAGGAAACUCGGAUUAUUCCGUAUGUACUUGGGAUGCGCUGGGAGAAAUGGGAAAAAUCAUUGAAAGAAAAAAUGAUCCUUGAACGAGCAGGGGUGGCGAAUGACGUCAUCGACGCAGCCAUGUCGUCGUUCAUUCUAGAGAUUAUCAAAGGAAGUGGUGAUCCGGCCCCUCGUCUUUGUAGCAAGGACCCUUUAGCCUUCAAGGAUGCUGACUACCUCGCCAGGAUAUUUCCAAAUUCUAAGCUAAUCAUGAUGGUGCGAGACGGCCGCGCCGUAUGUCAUUCCUUGAGAACCAGACAGUUGACGAUUACUGGUUACAAUAACAGUGAUGUCCGCAACUGUCUAAAGCGCUGGAGUAGCGGGGCCGAGCUUCUGAACGUCCAGUGCCAGCAUGUAGGACCCGACAGGUGUAAAAUGAUAAGGUACGAGGAAUUCGUACAGUAUCCUGAGGAGUGGAUGCGGAUCAUUCUUGGUUUCCUUAAUGUACCCUGGAACAUUGCUGUUCUCCAGCACUCAGUACUUGUGAGGAACAAUAAAGUGUAUUUUGCAUCAAUUGAGAAGAAGACUGCUCAGUUGCAGAAGCCGGUCAAUACAGCGGCUUUGGCUAAAUGGGUAGACCACCUCCCCGAGGACGUCAGGCGGGACAUGGCCAAUAUAGCCCCUUCACUAAACAAGUUUGGGUACGACCCCAGGGCCAACCCUCCCACCUACAAAUACGACAAACCAGCCCAAGUGUCACUAAAAGACUACUAAAUUCUGUAUAGUGGCGACUACAAACAACGCGUCAUAGACAUCACAUCCCGGCGGUCGCCAGAAAUCUCAUUCCAGAAAAUAUACCAGGGAACAUGUAACCCAGCCGGAACUCUCUGGCGGGAGUGAUAUUGUAGUGUUACUAGUGAUGUUGUUCCAGUAGUGUCUGGCGAGAACGGGACUUAACACUGACGAACACUGCAGUGAAGAUAAACUUGUUGAUCCAGUGUUGGUAAGAUAUGACUGGGAUUGGUCCCGGGUGGUAGAGAAUUCUGGUACAUAGGCUAAUUACCCGCAGACCAUUGACAAUGAGUAUCUGUACAGGUUUUACACAAUACAAUAAACUAUUGACAAAAAUAAACUUUUUUUAAAAUUGU